UAAUGAACACCUCUAAGGAAUUCAAGAAAUAUUAAUCAAUAUUACAUGAUGGUUUCUGCAAAAUGAAUACUAAUGAGUCUAAAAAGAAGAAGGCUAAAAAAGUUCAAACUAAAUCAUUACCAAGGGACAUUUCUCAGGCAUCAGGUUCCAGACCAACAGGCGAUAGUAAUGUCAAUGAUAUAGAGGAACGAUGUUGCCCCUUGAUAGCCAAAGACUCCGAAUGGGUAGACAUUUUACAGACAACACAUAGAGCCAUGUCCUCUGAAUCCAUCGAGGAGGUAGAAUCGGAAGACGGUCGGGAAAUGAAACCAUUAGCAAUCAUGUUUCCAGGACUGCUCGCGAAAGACCCCCAAACUUUGCAAAGCAUGCUGACAAAGGCCAUGUCGACCACAGAAGUCACCAAGCAUUUAGUUGAUCUCGGACAGAAAGCUAACUUCAAAUAUAUGAAAAAAUCUAGCAGGCUUAUUCCACCUGAUAAGAAAUGGUUGGAGAGCGUUCACGAAGUGAAUACCGAUUCCCAUUCUUCAAUGGGCCCCGGUGUGAGCGGUUCUUGCAAUUCUAACGACUCUCUCGAGGAUACAGAAUUCAAAAAAUAGAAGAAUUAUGACAGUAAUAUCAACAUAACAUAUGAAAACAUCUAAAUAUAUAAGAAAAUCACCCAAUGUAAUAAAAUUCCAUUGAUAUAAUAUUAAAAAAUUAUUACAAUUUUGUACAGAAAAAAA